UUAAAGGUCAUUGAGCACUUCCGGGUCGCCUCCGCGUUUUGUAAACAAUCUACACUCAAGCGGACUUUAGUUGCAUCCUGCGGACAAAAUACUUUGUGUCGCUUUUAUUCGGGUUGUUGUAUUUUCUUCGUUUAAACCAGAUGGUUUCUGGCCUCCACCGAGGUCAUGUUAUUCCUCCGGACGGCGGCGUCCGGCUGCAGAGAUCUGGCCGCUCUGCGCUGCCUAACCGGCGGCUACAGCGUCUGCAGGGGAGCCGCUUCAUACAUCCAGGGCCAGAGCCCCGAAUCUAACAUCCGGGAGUAUUUUUAUUACAUCGACCACCAAGGACAGCUUUUCCUCGAUGAUACUAAAGUGAAAAACUUUGUCACCUGCUUCAAAGAUAAGCAGUUCCUGGUUUUCUUCUUCAGCCGCCUGCGUUUGAAUCGCAGCGGGCGUUACGAGGAGGACUUCCCCUUCCUGUCGCUGUGCGGCAGGGAGAGGAACUUCCUGUGCUGCGACGACCGGCCGGUGGUCUUCACACACCUGCUGCAGAGCCCUGCGGGACCACAGGGACCCACCGGAGAACAGAAGCUGCUGUCAUACUGCGGCGGUGAAGAGAAGUUGACUGUCCCGUUCCAACCAGAGGCGCUGUACAUGCAUCCGACCAGCGGCCGAGUUUAUCACCCCUCCUCGGAACGCUCGGGGGGUGUCGGACUGAUCAGGUCGGCUCUGGCCAUCGAGCUCAGCUCGUUUUUUGUUUAUCCACCAGAGAGCGGCCAGGCGGGACAGCCAACACACUUUCUCUGGAGACGACAGAAGCACACAUUAACCAAUGAGCUGGCACGAUAUUUCCCUGCAGGAGAGGAAGGCAACGGGCAGCAGGGAGAACAGGGAUAAAAUCUGAAAUCUCUUAAGAGAGGAAUGUUAGUUCGUGAAACGCCCCGAAAGCAUCUUCUUUACUUCUGGUGGUUUAAAAAUCAGUGCAUCACCUUCCAUCAGCAUCAGAUCAACCCAGUGCUCCCCCUAGUGGUCGAAAAGCAGAGGUGCAGGUGAAAUCAAACUGCUGGUUUUGUCGUUUCUUUUCUGAUUCAGGAGACAGAAACCAAACCUGUGGUGAAAGAUGGAAACCAGCAGCAGCGUCUGAGCGGAUGAAGACGACUAUAGCAAAUAGAAACUUGCAUUUGGUAAAAGAUUACCUUUCCCAGUGGUGUAAAAGCUCUGCAGGCCACAUAUAAAAAAUAUCUUGAUAUAAAAACCUUAUGUGUGACUGUGAAUCCGGGGUGACGCUCCCUGGAGCUCCAGGGCCAUCCGGCAUCUUCUGCUUCAGCACACCUGGUUUUAAUCAACAGGUGGUUAACAUGCUUCUGCAGCGCUUGAUGAUGCUGAAAAGAUGACUCGGCUGUUGAGUCAGGUGUCCUAAAGCAGAGAAGUGUCCUGCAGGGUUGGACGCCCCUGAUCUACAUGUCCAGCAGCCUGCUGAUGGGGGCCACACGUUGGACGUGCCUCAUCUGUGAUAUAAACAGUAACGUUUUCUUCAGAAAAUGUCCUUUCUGAAUUAUUGGUCUGAAUUUGUUUUAUCCUGCUUCUGAUCACAAAUAUAACUGUAAACACGUCUCAGUUGUGAUUAUUUUUAAAUCAGCUCCUGGAAAAGUCAGAGAAUAAACUACAUUAACUGGUCAAAGUGA